GGCUGGCCUGCGCGCCAGGCCCGCUGACUCAGAGGCAGCCGCAGAACCUGCUUCACCGAGCACAGCGGCGCCUGGUCCCGGACUGUCCCCGGAGCGGGCCAUGCCCCCGCGAGAAUUGAGCGAGGCCGAGUCGUCUCCUCUCCGGGCCCCGACUCCUCCCCCGCGACGGGGCAGCGCGUCCCCGGAGCUGGGAAUCAAGUGCGUGCUGGUGGGCGACGGCGCCGUGGGCAAGAGCAGCCUCAUCGUCAGCUAUACCUGCAAUGGGUACCCCGCGCGCUACCGGCCGACAGCACUGGACACCUUCUCUGUGCAAGUCUUGGUGGAUGGAGCCCCGGUGCGCAUUGAGCUCUGGGACACGGCAGGACAGGAAGACUUUGACCGCCUUCGCUCCCUCUGCUACCCGGAUACUGAUGUCUUCCUGGCCUGCUUCAGCGUGGUGCAGCCCAGCUCCUUCCAAAACAUCACAGAGAAAUGGCUGCCAGAGAUCCGCACUCACAACCCCCAGGCGCCUGUGCUGCUAGUGGGCACCCAGGCCGACUUGAGGGAUGAUGUCAAUGUACUGAUUCAGCUGGACCAGGGGGGUCGGGAGGGCCCCGUGCCCCAACCCCAGGCUCAGGGUCUGGCAGAGAAGAUCCGGGCCUGCUGCUACCUCGAGUGCUCUGCCCUGACCCAGAAGAACUUGAAGGAGGUGUUUGACUCGGCCAUUCUCAGUGCCAUCGAGCACAAAGCCCGGCUGGAGAAGAAACUGAAUGCCAAAGGUGUGCGUACCCUUUCCCGCUGCCGCUGGAAGAAGUUCUUCUGCUUUGUUUGAAUGGCAAUGCCAGUGCAGGGAGUAGCAGGCAUAAAGCCACAGACUACUGCAACCUGGGGUAUGGCGGGGCCUUAGAAGGGGCUACUGGCAGGGCCAGGCCACCCUGUGGGACCGUUCCCUUCUGAACACUGUGAGGACGUGGGUCUCUGACUGCCCAGUCUUACAUGCCAGGUGAGCCUAGGGCCUAGAAGAGGGAAGGUUCUGACUUGGAUUUCUGUGUUCAAGGCUCACAGAGAAAUUCUAGCACUUUGAUUUUAUGGGAUAGUCCUAACAGUGUCAACCACCUCCAAGCAGUUUGGGAUCCAAUUCCCAGUUUAUUAUAAUAGGCCCUUAGGUCAGCCUGGCUGAAUUAGGACCCCUUGUGGUGGUCCCAACCCCCUCCUCGGCACAGGGCUAAGAAAGAGAUCCAGGAACAAUGGAGCAUCUUGGAGGCCUAUAAGGUGUCCAGCUCCGAUUUGGAAAGAAGUAUGGGAUGGACUGGGUAAGACAGGACAGUGAGAGAUUAAGAGGGAGCAGAAAGUGAGGCCUUAGAGUUUUGGGACUAGAGGCAAGCUAAGAAGGAGGAGGCAGAUCAGAGGGCUAGGCCUGGAAGGAGGAAGAGCAAGGACGAGGAAAGCAGAGGAGUGGGGCAGCUGAGAAGCCAGGCUGACACCUGGGCUGCCCUCAACCCCCAAGGCCAGGGAGGGCGGGGCUGGUGCCUGGGAAGAACUGGGUCUCAGGGCUCCCUAGGCACUGCCCAAACUGGCUGGGCCAGGAGUGGGGCAGGAAGUGAGAGGCAAAGCCCAGCGGGAGGAGGGGCAGGAGCUGCAAACUAGAACCUGAAGGAAGAAGGGGCUGAGGGGUGGGGGGCGUCACAACUUUUUCCAAGGCCACAGCCUAGUAGGCAGGGCAGUGCAGAGUCUGCAAAUAAAGCCUUAAGUUUCUGAAA